ACACACACACACACACACACACACAUAUAUAUAUAUAUAUAUAUAUAUGCUACAAAUUACAUUUAAAUGAUCAAUUAAUUAAAUAAAUAUUACAUACCAAUAACAUGUGUAUUAUAUAUUAAUAUAUUAUAUUAAUUACUUAAUGUGGUUAAUAGAAUAUUACUUGUAAAUAUUAUAUUACAAUUAUUACUUGAAUGUAUUAUUUUAAGUGAUACAAACUUAUAUUAAUAUUACAUACACACGCUUUUACAUAUAUACUGUAUAUUAUAAACGUAAACAAUACAUAAACGGCGAAUUGGUUUUCAUCACUAAUUGUGAUAAUUAAUACGAUUACAUUGGCUCAUUACAUCAUUGUACUAUGUACGGGUGAACAAUGAGGUGAGACAGUACUACACAAACCCGAUAGAGGGCGCUCCUCUCCAAAUUCAAGUUCAAAAGCAGUAUUUAUGAUUCAUCAGGAAUCGAUCGGACAACGGUUUAUGUUAUAACAUCAAAUCAACCAAUGCCACCAUCUUAAAUACCGUCCAUUACCGACUAAAAUACACAUUGUUCAAUAUUUCUAUUGUGAUCAGUUAGGUUGCAUCUGGUUUUAUUUAGGCUAAGAAUGCCCGUAAAAUCAAUAAUAUGUAUUGGUAUACAGUAGAUUGGUUUUAUAAUACAAGCAGAUGGUAGCUGAGCACGCGGACGACCAACAGCAAAACAUUAUAACAAAGGAGGACACAGCUAAUUUCUCAAAAUAUGUAAUAUUGAUGUAAUUUCGAAAGAAAAACAAAUAAGGCUCAAAAUCAAUCCAUUCUGAAAUCAAUGUAUCAGGUGCAGGAAUACAACAACAGGCCAGCAAAAAAUAUGACAAAAAAUAAAAAGACCCCAGCUAUACAUAGCGUUUGUGCUGCUUGCGUCACCGGAUCCGAUCCGUGUAUCGCACAGCGCCACGGAUCACGCAAUAUCUAUAGUGAUGAAAAAUCUAUAACCGUAAACUCUUCUCUCAUAACGGAUGAAAACGUAUCCAACCUCCCCCUCCCCGUUCCUGCGCCAUGGGGAGCAUGAUUAGAAACACGGAAACUCCAUCCCGCGUUUUCUGACUUGUAUUUAGGAUGCCACCUUGGUCUCAAUAAUUGUUUUCAGUAGCCCUAUUCAAUAUAUCGCAGGUUGGCGGUCGAUAACUCCGUUCCGCGCGCGCCCGCGCUGUUCGAUCGACUCCGCUCCGUGUUUUGCGCGCGCUCCCCCGCCUUUCUCUCUCUCGCGCUCUGAGAGAAGUGAACUCCAGCCCCUCUCGCGCUCGCUCUAUCAGCCUUUCAUUCCGUCUCAAUAUGUCUCAAGAUGGCGGCCAAUGCGGGAUCGAUGUUUCAAUAUUGGAAACGCUUUGAUUUGCAGCAGCUCCAGAAAGAACUGGAUGCCACUGCCACAGCCCUGGCCAACAGACAGGAUGAAAGUGAGCAGUCCAGGAAAAAACUCAUCGACCAAAGCCGCGAGUUCAAGAAGAGUACUCCAGAGGAUUUGCGUAAACAGAUAGCUCCUUUGCUGAAGGGCUUCCAAGCUGAGAUUGACGCCUUGAGUAAAAGAAGUAAAGAAUCAGAGGCUGCUUUCCUCAACGUGUACAAGAGAUUAGUCGAUGUCCCAGAUCCUGUCUCAGCUCUGGAGGCAGCUCAGCAGCUCCAGGUGACUGUACGGAAGAUGCACGACUUGGAGACAGAAAAUCAGAGGCUCAAAGACACACUACAAGAGUACGAACGCGAGAUUGCAGAGGUUAAAAACCAAGAAGGCACUAUUAAAGCACUUAAAGAGAAACUGGAGCAAUAUGAGCGUUCUCUGCAGGCCAAGAACACAGAGGAACCUCCUGAUCAGAACCGAACAGAAAGAGAGGAGAGAGACGACAAAGGGGAAAAUCUUCCUAACAACUAUGCAGACAAGGAGAGUCAGCCACAGGAGAGCCAGGACAGCAGGACAGAGGACUUGGACAUAAAAACUCAGUCCUUACAAACAGCACUUGAAGCAACUCAGGCAGAACUCCACGAACUGAAGACAAAAUAUGAUGAAGAAUCCACAGCAAAGGCCAAUGAGAUUGAAGCGGUGAUGACAGAUUUGGAACGAGCCAAUCAGAGGGCUGAGGCAGCAGAGAGGGAGGCUGUGAGUCUGAGAGAGCAGCUCAGUUCAGCCAGCAAGACCCUCCAACCAACCAAUCAGAUCCGGAAAACAGCGGAUACGGAGAAGUCUCUGGAGGCGCUGUCUUGCAGCAGUCUGGAGGCAGAACUGGGUGUGAAGGAGAGGGAGGUGGAUCGCUUGGCAGAGGACGUUCAGAGACUCCAGGCCAGUCUGGCCCAACUCAGCGAGACCUCCACCAAUCAGAUCAGCCAGCUCGAGCAGCAGCUGAGCUCCAAAGAGGCCCUGCUAAAGCAACUUGAAGAAAAGCUUCAAGAUCAGUCAGACUAUGAGGAGAUCAAACGAGAACUCUGCACCCUGAAAUCUAUGGAGCACAAUUCAUCAGAUCACUCUUCAGUACAGGACUCUUCCAAGCCGUUAGAGAUGUUGCUGAUGGGGAAAGACCACAGCCAGCUGUCAGACAGCGCUUUGAAACGACUGGCCAAUAGUGGAGCAUUGGGACGGAAAAGUAAAGAAACGAGCAUGGAAAACCCUCAGCGUCUUCCUGCCACUCCGGUCCCCACCACGCUCCAGGGGUCUCCUCCUCCCCCCUCCCCUCAGCUGUUGAUGAGGACAGGCACCGCUACCUCCGAAUCUGCUGCCAGUGCCAACGGUACCCACCCCUUCUCCCCCACAGGCAUGGGGCCAGACUUCUUCACUCCAGGCAUGGCCAGCGUGGGUGCCACGUUCCCCCCGCUGGCUGGUAAAAUGGCACUCAACUCCCUCCUUCAGAGGCAGCUCAUGCAAUCCAUCUACACCAAAGCCCUCCAAGACCCCUCUCCCAGUUCCGUGCUGUUCGGGCCGCCCCAUUAUGCUACAACCAACUCUCUCUCCAGCCCCCUACCGCCUCAGUCAGCAGGCAGCCCAGAGGUCAAUGGUAUGGCACCUUCUCCCAGCCAAUCAGAGGGCGCGGGCAGCACAUCAGAAGGCGAGGAAAUGGACACGGCGGAGAUCGCCCGACAGGUCAAGGAGCAGCUGAUCAAACAUAAUAUUGGCCAGCGUGUGUUCGGUCAUUACGUUCUGGGUCUGUCCCAAGGCUCGGUUAGUGAGAUUUUAGCCCGGCCCAAACCCUGGAGCAAGCUAACCAUCCGCGGCAAAGAGCCCUUUCAUAAGAUGAAGCUCUUCCUGUCUGAUGAGCAGAACAUACUGGCGCUGAGGAGCAUCCAGGGCAGGCAGAGAGAGAAUCCAGGCCAGAACCUGAACAGAGUGUUUCAGGAUGUUCCGAAGCGAAGAACCGGCUCGGAAGGCUCCACACGGCCAGGUAACAUCACCACACGCAUCCGCACACCUGAGACAGGCUCAGAUGAGGCAAUAAAGUCCAUCUUGGAGCAGGCCAAGAGAGAGUUACAAGUGCAGAAAGCAGACGGCGUGGGGGAGAGGCAACGGCGAUCAGGUUACCACAGAGGGUCGGGCAGCUAUUUCCAAAUAUAUGCACACAGUCUAAGACUUGUCGAAAGUGCUCAACCUCCGCCCUCCUCCAGCAACUCCGACGAAAACAUUCGCUCCAUCCUUGAGCAGGCUCGGAGAGAGAUGGAGGCCCAGCAGGUGGCCCUGGAGCCCGUACUGAAGGCCAGCUCCAUGGCCCCGACCGACCUCUCGCUCCUGGGCUCCAAGCUCUUGAGUUCCCCGCUAUCCACCCUCUCCUACACUCCUAUUGCUCAGUCUCUGAAGAAGCCCUCCACUUCCCCUCUCCUGGACUUCCACACCGGGGUGAAGAAGGAGAUGGGUGAGGUAGCCGUGUCAGAGAUGGGACUGGAUGGAGGGGUCAAGCUCGGUCGUCUCUCUGAGAGUGGAGGAGGUGUAGGUGGAGGUUCUUGGAGGGAGCACUGGUGGAGCUCUGGACUCUCUGAACGCCGUGGUACUGGGCAGCACUCUGUAAGCGAAGACGCCCACAAUCAUGAAGAUAGCAAGGAGAAGCUCCCUCGACUGGGGAGCACUGCGCCCAUGGCUCCUGCCUCUUCCCUGGAUUAUUGGAAGGACUGGCCCAGCUCAGAGUCACCCUACUCCCAGAGCUCAGAGCUCAGUUUGCAGAUGCCCAGUGGCAGCGAGACCCCUCAGAGCAGCCCACUGCCCUCCUCCUCACCUUUACUGUCCCUCCCCAAAGUCGCCAAACCUGUGGUGGCCCCGCUCACACCUGAGCAGUACGAGUACUAUAUGUACCAAGAAGUGGACACUGUGGAUCUCACGCAGCAGGUCAAAGACAAGCUGGCCAAGAAUGGCAUCUGUCAGCGGAUCUUUGGCGAAAAGGUGCUGGGCCUCUCUCAGGGGAGUGUAAGUGACAUGCUCUCUCGGCCGAAGCACUGGAGCAAGCUCACGCAGAAAGGAAGAGAGCCGUUUAUCCGCAUGCAGUUAUGGCUGAACGGAGAGCUGGGUCAGGCACUGCUGCCUAUGCCCGGACAGACACAAGAGAUUACCCCGAAGACCUCGGCCAGCUGUAGUCCUGCCCCAGAAUCCCCCCUCAGUUCAGCUGAGGAGUCUGUUAAAAGCCAGCAGGAGGAGCAGAUGUGCCGAGUGUCCAUCCAGGAGGCAAGCGAGACUUCUGAGUCGCAGCCCGGCACGCCUCUACCGUUACCUCUACCGGGACACGCGGGCCUCAGCAUACAAGAGAUGGUGGCCAUGUCGCCGGAGCUGGACACCUACACUAUCACCAAGAAAGUGAAAGAAGUUCUCACAGAUAACAACCUCGGUCAGCGUCUGUUCGGGGAGAGCAUCCUUGGUUUAACGCAGGGCUCCGUGUCUGAUCUGCUGGCCCGGCCCAAACCCUGGCACAAGCUCAGCUUGAAGGGCCGAGAGCCAUUUGUGCGGAUGCAGCUCUGGCUCAGUGACCCGCGGAAUGUGGAGAAACUCAUGGACAUGAAACGAAUGGAAAAGAAAGCUUACAUGAAGAGACGCCACAGCUCCAUUGGUGAGAGUCAUUCACUGGAGAGCGCUCUGUCAGGAAGUGACCUCACUCAGGGGGCCAGUCCCCAGCACCUAUCCCAGCUGCAGACGCAGCAGCAGCAGCAGCAGCCCCAGCUGAAGAAGCCCCGUGUGGUUCUGGCUCCAGAAGAGAAGGAAGCUCUGAAGAGAGCCUAUCAACAGAAGCCUUACCCCUCUCCUAAAACCAUCGAGGAGUUAGCGAGCCAACUCAACCUCAAAACCAGCACUGUCAUCAACUGGUUUCACAACUACAGGUCUCGAAUCCGGCGAGAGCUCUUUAUCGAGGAGAUCCAGGCGGCUGCUGGAGAAGGUGGAUCCCCUUCAACACGACCCGGGGGGAAAUCCGGUGGCGAGGGAGAAAACAGCUGCGAUGGCACCGAGUCCGACAGCACCGCGGAGGGUAGACCAAGUGGCUCUUCCGGCUCAGAUGAGCGCAAGGGCCUAUUAGAGAGCCCCGGCCUUAGCCACAGAGAGGAAGAGAGCGAGACAGAGUUCCCCAGCGCAUCGGGCACCAGCAGGCCGAGAGCCGGCAUAAUAGACUGCCUGUUCGGCAUUCCCGAGUCCAUAUCAGUGACGUCCACUGCCGUAACCCCUUUGCGAAACCCCAAGGACAACAGUCUGCGCAAGAAAAAGGCAGCCAACCUCAACAACAUCAUCCACCGGCUGGAGAAAGCAGCAAAUCGUGAUGAACCUCACGAAUGGGAGUUCUAAAAGGCUACGUGUUGUUUUAUAUGUCCUUCACUGAGCUUACCUGGCCAAGCCUGGUGCACACACACCACCGGUAAAACCAAGGGUUUUCCAUUUGCUGUUAAGAAGUGGGCUAUCAUGGACAGGACAAGAAAAGAAAAAAGAAGCGAGUUUUAGCCUGUUUUUUUUGUUUUUGUGAAGCACUUAAAGGCCCUGCUGGCCACAGGGCUGGAACACCAUUGGCUAAUGGUGAAGAAAAGACACAAAACUGAAAAGCACAGGAGAGGGAAGCGUUCCCACAAAAUAUUCUCAAGACUGGCGACAGUCACAAAAAUAUAUAUAUAUAAACACACACUAUAUCACAUUGUCUCUAUUUCUAGUAGAGGCGUUCUCAACAACAAGCUGAAUAACUGUUACAAUAAUUUAUCAGUUUUCGAGACUUUUGGGAGUUUCCUCUUUUGUAUCACGUAUGCUUCGGCCUGUCAGCAGAGACUAGUUCAAACCGGUUUCAAACCAAAAGUCAAGCAUUUUAAAGCAAGCGUUGGCUAAAGGAACACGGACAAACCCGUCCCACCCGCCUCACCCUCCCUACCCCAAGGAGGCCAUCCAAUGGCUAUGCAACCCUAGUACACAAUGGAUUCCACUAUUUUGGAACCAGCAUUAUUUUCACAGUUCGGAAACUUCUCGUAGGAGAGAAGAAAAUCCUUUUUAUAGCAAUUAAGUUGCCACCAAGAGAUUGCACAGUCAGUUGACUCUAAACAGCACUCAUUUUGGUUUUACACACCUUUUGGUGUGCCAAUGGCCUAAAACAAAAAAACUAUAACACAUCACAAUAUCUGUCCGAAAUACUUGUAAUUAAGAAUCCACGUAAUCACACGAAACUCAUAUUAACUAUUGUUGUAAGGUCGACAAAAAGGUCCUAAUGGGAGAAAGGAGAAAUAUCGUAAUAGCUAACUUGAUAGCUAAAGUGAUAGUUAAGUGUCAGUUUUUAUCGUUAUUUAGGUCUCCUGUAAGGGUAGCGUUUGUUUAUUUUUCCAUAGCUUUAAUCUCCUCCUCGGCUUACGUUUUUAAGCUCGUUGGAGGACUUGUUUAAUAAAAUUCAUUUUAGGCCAAAACAAAGACAGAAACAGUGAAAAAAAAAAAAAAAAGGAUUUGUACAGUACUUUGAGUAAAUAUUCCUGGCGAGAUAUUUUUUAAAGAGAAUGAGCAAGCCUGAUUUUUAUCCUCUUAUAAUAGAACCAUACAUCAGAGACCUCUAACCACAUCGGGCGGUUUGGCCCAUAGAAUUGAAAUUCUAAUCCAAAAUCUAUUAAAUUCUAAUUCUAUGGUGUGGCCCUUGGCCACUGCACUGUAUGGGCUGUUCCUCCGUACCAGGGUAACGGACGCUGAGUGUGCUGGAAAACCAACCUACCACUCGUUCUAGUGCAAACUCUAAACUACUUCAGGUUUUUCCACCAGCUUCUCCAUUCACUGUUCACCCAAUACAAUGUUUUUCAUGGUGUCCUGAACAAACCUCGUCCCGGACAUAACCAAGUAUAUUCACGGCACACAUUUAUCCUCCAAAUGACUGGAAAAACAUGACCAAUUUCAUGUUACACCUUGAGCGAAAUGGACAUAUUUUGUUUUUGUUGUUUGUUUCUUUAUAUAACGGAGGACUGUUGAGACUUUUUCAUCCAUACUUCAUGUUAUCAUUUAAGGGGCUGUUCAGGCCGAACACGUUCUUGCGUAAAAAAAACCCCCAGCAAGACCCAGCGUAGAAAAUGUAAAAGAGGUGUCUCGAGACUAUUAACUUGACCCAACGUCUGGAAGUUGUUUGUGCGUGACAUGAGACAUGACGCAACGGUCAAGGACGUCCAUUAAGCGGAUGCUUACAUUGAAAAACAAUGGAAAACAACGUAGAAGAACGCAAAAGCGCAUUCUGUGUGAACAGCCCCAAACACAUACAGUACGAGAAAAUGUGUAGAUUGUGAAUGAAAAGCUCAACAAUUAACAUUAGUACCUAAAGGUGAAUCUGAAGUGUCGCUCAACACACGAAGACCCGCCCUCACACAGGUCAGAGGACGCAACAAAGACUUGCAUUUAACCCAGCUGUCAGCACACUUCUGCAGAAACGUUUUUCUCUACCGACACCUUUCACCUCUGGCCCUGGUGUCCAAUUGUUUGCAGAUGAUUUUGUGACGCGUGCUUCUGAGAAAAACCGCAGAUGGUGGUGCCACACGCUCGUCCUUGAAUACCAGAGUGUGAGGGUGUUUGUGUGUGUGUGACUGUUGACAAGAGCGAUCUAUAUUUGUAUAUUAUUACUACUGCUUGCCACAGGCAGUGCAAGCAAACACCUCCUCACGUCCCUAAGCUAUUUAGCAGUAAUGCGUCAUAUCACAUAGUACAUUUUAAGUUCUUUUUAUUUACACGCAUAAGAAAAACUAAUGGUAGAUUCUUUUUCUUUUUUUUUUUUUUCUUUUUUUGUUUGUUUGUUUGUUUGUUGGUGUGGUUUGCUUAUUUAUAGAUGCUGUCUUUUACAUAUUGAUGUCUUAUAUUGUUAUAUGUGUUUUUUGUAAUGGAAGGGACUGUAAAAGGUCAGGUUACAUAUUUUUAGACUAAUAGACUGCCGGCAGUAUUGGAUUACAUUUAAAUGAUGUACUUUUGAUACAUGUCUAUUGAUUAAUUCUGAAGAUUAUCAUUUUAUUUUAUUUUUAAUUCAUAUAUAUUUUACUCUGUCAGUGAGCUGGAUGAACACAGUUACUACGUUGACAAAGGAAGCAGAACUAUAUGUAUUGCAUUAAUGAUUUUAAGCAGUAAGCAUUUAGAUGUUUUAACACGAGAAAUCUUUAAAGAUGACAAUUCAAGAUGAAUUGUGUUUGGCUAUUUACUCUAUACAGUUAAUGCUCUUGAAUUAGGUUUUCAGGGAAAUAACCUGCGAACGACCUGAGAUUACAUUUAUUAUCGCAAUCAAGCUUAGUUGCUACAAUGAGCCAGUGAACAACUGGUAGUUAACGUCACUGAAAUUAGCUGUCGCUUUGAGCUGCACCUUGAGGAAUUUUUUUUUUUUUUUUUAGUAGGAAUGAAAUUCACUUGAUGUUGUUUGGUAAACUUGCAUUUGAAUUUUACGCCGGUGAAUCUUGGAGAACAAUGUCGGCUUAAAACUGGCCUUUUUUAAUGCGUGCCAAUGAAUGAUUCAAAUCAAAUUUGUCUCUUUUAGAGCUAAAAAGAAAAAAAGCACAGAUACAGAAACCAAUGUUUUUAUCGAAAUAUACAAAUAUGUUUAAGCCCGUGACUGUUUCUCAAACUUUCUCUCCACGUCUAACAUUGGAGUGCCUUCACUGAAAACUGUCCGCUACUAAUCACGUCUUUUUCCAUUCCAAAUACAGUAAGUGUUUAAAAACGAUUGGAAAUGUUGCGCGUCAGAUCAUACAACAUUUGAGCAAUUUUUGCCAGCAAGUUAAUAUUAAUAAGGUCUCAUCUAGUCUCAGGUCAUAGUAUUAUGUACUUUUAGGGUGUAUGGAUUGUUUUAUCUAAGAGAAAACAGCUGUCCCAGGAUUCAGGCUUGGUUAUUAAAACCAAAGUUUUUACAGUGGAAAUAUUGAUUGGUUAAAUUGUAAAAUAACACCACGCUUUUGUCCAAAAUGUCAUUUUAAUCAUGUCUAGGCGUUCAUUAGAUGUUUUGUUUUUUACCAUUUUGUCAUAUUUUAACAGUAAGUUCCCAAAUGGAAAUUCACAGAUUGAUUAAGCAUGUUGAAACUGUUGAAAUACAACAAUAUGGACCAAAUUGUCAAAACUUUUAACUUUCUGAUCACAACCAUAUGAUUUUAAUUGAACACAUAUAAAAAGGUUUUGGUGCACAUUCAAAUCUGGUGUUAAGAACGCUUUAUACAGAGUGUCUGUCACAUUGACUUUUUUCAAAACAUUCUCGCUGAAACAUUAUUGUUAGUAUCAUGGCAUGAAACACUUACUUUCAAAAUCUCUCAAUUCAGAUGUCCAGCACUUUGCUCUGUUUCUUUUUGCAAAUAUUUUUCUAUGGAAAGUAUUGCAGAUAAACUAAACACAUCAACAUACAACUGCACAGACAGCACGUUUAUAUGAUUUCUAAGAAAAAAAAAGAAAGAGAGAAAAAAUGAAAAACAAACAAACAAAAAAAAAGAUCAUCAUUAUGGAUAUUACAUUGGUAGUCACGAGUAGCAUUAAUGUAGAUAUUCGUCCGUAGCUUAGUUCGGUAGUGAUGUCAUAAUUGUUACCUCGUUUAUUCCCUCACACUUACAUCACUUCCUGAGACGGUAUGUUCUUUCUUCACCCGAGACAGUAUGUUCUGAACAGCCACAGUUUGUUUCAGUGUAUCCCAGAUGGAGAUUUUCACUUUUAUUUUUCUUCAAAGUCAUGUAAUUGUGUUACAUUUGAAGCUAGCAGGAUGAUUAUACAUGUGUCAAGUCAUCCUCAGCCAGAGCAACACUUUAUAACAAAAGUUAUUACGGCUCAUAAUGACAACAAUCUAUGGAAAUGGGAUUUCUCGGCAACGACAUUCGGAUCUCUUUCCGUUGUUGCUCUCUAUGCUGUAAAUGGGUAAUAUGAAGCCUUGUACAUCAAAAUAUUACAGGCAGCUCCCAACACAAGCUGGUUUCCUAUAGAUUCUCCUUAGGUCUCUCAAAGCUCAGGUAGAAACUCGGAUUAGCACAGUCCUUUUGUCCAUUAGUUUGUUGGUGACACUUUCCCUCUUACACCUGCUAACAACAGUUGUAUGGUUUAUUUUUCUAUGUGUCAUGGUUUUGAACCACAAGGUGGAGCUGAAUCCUCCAUUACCUGAAUAAAGACUCUUCCACUUUGUUCUCUUGGUAUGUAUUUAGUUUGGUUGUUUUUUUUUUUUCUUUUGUGUAUCAUCAUGUAGUCUUGUAUUCUGUUCCCAGCGCUGUUACAGUUCUAAUCCAAAAUGAAAAAAAGCAAUAUCACUGUUUGAAAUUCAUUAUUAUUAUUAUUCCUCAUUACCACCAUAGGUGUAUUAACUGAAGUAAAUAUCUUUUGUACAAACACAUAA